GAUUCCCAGCAGGUUUAAUCCGGGGGUUUUCAGCAGGGGGCGUCAAUCUGCUAACGUGAGGACACCACGCGAUAGUCUCUAUGGGAGCAGGAAGCGGAAGUUUGUGCUGGUUUGUUUACAAUUUGUGGGACAGCAAUUGAGGAGUUUAAUUUGUCCGUGUGAGUUGUUUACUGAUGAAGUAAAUCAGAUAUCACAACUCUGUAGGUUACUGAAAGGGCGAGAGUGCGGGUUUUGGAGUUUAUUAUUUUUUUCUUAUGGCGCCAGAACGCUGUGUACGGAUUGUAUUGUUACAGUAAUUCGCUGUGUCGAUGCUACUUGCUACCUAAAUCAAGUGCUGAUUGAAUAAAAAGCGAGUCUCCCUAUAUUAUUAAUAAUAAAAUCCCAAAUAAGGAGAGAAUAUCAGUCUGAAACUAAAGUCAGAGACGAUGGACUUCAGUAUGUACGUUUCAUUCUUUCAAUACGAGCUCGGCUCUACCAUCGAGCACGCAGUGAAAGGGACUGUGGACACUGUCUUGUGGGAAAUUGCAAAAGUUGUCGGCGGCAAAUUCACUGAAUUCCAAAUGGAAAUGGCUGGAAAGGAGAAAGAGAAUGAAAGUCUGAAGUUGAGAUUGGAAAUAUCAGAGAGCGAGUUGAAAGCAGUGCGGGAAUGCAUGAACGCUGCAGAUGCAGACAUUAAACAACCUCUCAGAAACAUGAACCCCGACUGCAAUGAACAAGACUUUCAGAGGAACGAGAACCAGGGAUUAUUCGUUAAAGAUAAUAAAGAGAGGCAGGCUUUCAUUGAAGCAGAUGAGGGGCCAAAGGUAGAAGCUGUUUACACACAAGAGGGGAUCUUUGAUCAUGAACAGUGUGCAAGUUUAAUGCAGGAUACAGAGCAGACGUCUUUGGAAGGUAAAGAAGCCCCAAGACUUGAGUCUGUCCACAUUAAAGAGGAGGCAACUGAACUGGAGCCUGUCAACAUUAAAGACGAGGCCUAUGAAUUUGAACUUGUCCACAUUAAAGAGGAGGCACCUGAACUGGAACCUGUCCCCAUUACAGGGGAAGCUUCUAAAGAAAAUAAAGUCAAUAUACUGGAGGACAAUGUAGUUCAGCUGGGAUCUAGCCAUUGUGUUUAUUGUCCACCUGAAUUGGUCCACAUGAAACACAAUCAGUCUGUCUCUGAAGACACUUGUUCUAGUGUUGGAGAAAAGGGCACUGUGCUGGGGUCCAUUCAGGUGGAACGUCACACCCCAGCAGAUGGAAAGGAGGAAGGAGCAAUGCCAUCCUCUAGCAGCACAACUUCACUCCAGUGCAAAAUCUCUUAUGGCAAAAUGCAUCGUAAGGAUCACAGAGAUUCAACACCGCAAGAUGAAUAUGUGAAGAAACUGAGAACACCCUCAGUUCAAAAUCUUUCUGUACAAGAUAGCAGAUCACUUAGUCUGGGUUAUAUAGUGACUCCACAUCCUGAGGGUGUUAAUAAUUCUGCAACCCAGGGCAACUUCAUUCCCCUACAAACUCCCCAGCAGAUUCCUUCAGAGCAGAUCUUGUAUCACUGUACUGAAUGUGGCACCAAUUUCAGUGACCUGGGAAACCUAAAAGCACACCAACAGAUUCACAAAGAAGAGAAACCCUAUCUCUGUACUGAGUGUGGCAAAAGUUUCAGAUGGGUAGGUGGGCUUAAAAUACACCAGCGCAUUCACACAGGAGAGAAACCCUAUCUGUGUACUGAGUGUGGGAAGAGUUUUAAUCAGAAAUGUAGCCUUCAGUCACACCAGCUAAUUCACACGGGAGAUAAACCGUUUCACUGUACUGAUUGCGGGAAGAGAUUCAGAGGUUCAGUAAAAUUAAAGGUACACCAGCGAAUUCACACUGGAGAGAAACCGUAUCAGUGUCCUCAAUGUGGGAAGGGUUUCAGUCGGAGAGACCACCUUAGAAUGCACCACAAAAUCCACACAGGAGAGAAACCCUUUGAGUGUACUGACUGUGGGAAGAGAUUUAUCGAGGCAAAUAAAUUAAAGAGACACCGUCGAGUUCACAGAGAUUUAGUCCGUUAGGACAAAAAAAACUGAUUUAGACACACACAAAAAAGAAGAAUAAGAAGAAUCACACCAGAAUACCAACCCAGUUUCUGUCUCUCAGUGUGAAUUGCAGGUAACUUUAAAUACAUGUAAUUCUAAUAAAAUGUAUGUAAAAUGAAAAACAA